AUGAGGGAUCUAGCUUUUGGUCUCCAUGGCCUCCCUACUGUCUUCAUAGACCAAGACUGCCGCCAUUUUGAAAAACCAACUGUUCACAGCACACCCGUCCUGAGCGCAGGAACUAUGCCGCGGGGCCGGCCUCGCAAACUCAACCUAGACAGGGAGGACAAGCCAGCUCUUCUUAUUGGCUUCCAGUCGAAAUUAGCGUCCGCUUCGAGAGGAGCUGCGGUGCUGCCUGGCGUUAGUCAAGGUUUCAGCGAUGGAGCGAAGGAGAAGAAGUGCACAAUCUGCUUCCAGAUCUUCAGCAAAGAGGGCAAGCUGCAGAAACACCUCCGUGAGCACGAGCUCAAUGAUAAGCCUCAUCGCUGUGACCUGUGCCCACAGACAUUUAAUGUGGCGUUCAACCUCACGCUACACAAGUCCACACACACCACCGCCGACUUCACCUGCCCCGUGUGCAACAAAAGGUUCUCCCGCAUCGCGGGUCUUAAGUCCCACGUCAUGCUGCACAAAAAGGAGGAGAACCUGAUCUGCUCAGAGUGCGGAGAUGAGUUCGUCCUCCAGAGCCAGCUUUCGCUGCACCUGGAGGAGCACCGCAAGGAGCUGUCCGACGUCAGAGUCUACGUCUGCAAAACCUGCGGCAAGGAGCUCAAGACGUUCGCAGAGUUCAGAGAUCACUCCAAGGGUCACGUCAAGAUGAGGGUGCUAUCCAAUAGUUCCAGGAACUACAAGAAAAACAUUGAUCGCAGUGGGUUCACUAACAGCUGCCAUCACUGUGGAAAGGCUUUCAAAAAGCCCAGUCAGCUCGUCAGGCACAUCCGAAUACACACAGGUGAAAGACCCUACAAGUGCUCCCAUUGCAACAAGGCCUUCAACCAGAAGGUGGUGCUGCAGACCCACAUGGUGAAACACACGGGAGAGAAACCACACCUCUGCAUGUUCUGCCCUGCCUCCUUCUCCCAGAAGGGGAACCUGCACUCUCAUGUUCAGAGGGUUCAUUCUGAGACCAAAGGGGUGCCUCUGUUCCCGUGCAUGGACUGCAGCUGUGUGUUUAAGAAGCUGGGGAGUCUGAACGCACAUAUCAGCAAGAUGCACAUCUCUGUAAUUGAUGUGCCCUCCAGCAAUCCGGAGACUGAGACAACGGGUCAGACGGUGGGGGUGUCAGAGGGUGGUGAGGGGGUGACAGAUGUCAUCCAGCAGCUUCUAGAGCUGUCGGAGCAGGUCAGCGAGGAGACGGCCCAGCCUCAGCCUUCAGAGCCGAUUGCCAUGGAAACCGCCAUCAACCAAGACAUCCUGCAGCAAGCGUUGGAAAACAGCGGACUGAACGUUGUCCAACCUCAGAGCAACGCCAUGUCCGGAGAGCCCCAGAACCAGAACCCAGAGGUGGCAGCUGCUGAGCGCAAGAAGGAGCUGGUUCCUGACAAAUCACUGAGGGAGAAGAGGAGGAGCAUUUUUAAGAAGCCUAUACAAAUGCCUGGCUCGAUCAGGGAGGAGGACGGUGUUCGCUGGCAUGGCUGCCCUUAUUGCUCCAAGGAGUUCAAAAAACCUAGCGACCUCGUCCGCCACAUCCGUAUUCACACCCACGAGAAGCCCUUCAAGUGCAAACAGUGUUUCAGAGCAUUUGCUGUGAAGAGCACCCUCACAGCGCACAUGAAAACACACAGCGGCAUCAAGGCCUUCGAGUGUCAGUGCUGUUUGAAGUGUUUCUCCACUUCUGGCAGCAUGAAAGUGCACAUGCGACUGCACACAGGUAUGCGUCCGUUCCCCUGCCCUCACUGUGAGAAGGUCUUUCGAACAUCUGGCCACAGGAAAACACACAUCGCUUCUCACUUCAAAAGCUUGCAGCUGAAGAAGAGCAAAUUUCCACGCAAAACCCACAAAGCAAAAGCGUCAAAAAGCAUCUUACCUGUUCCGGAUAUUCCCUUACAGGAACCCAUCCUCAUCUCUGACUACGGCCUCGUCCCAUCCCAGAACCCCCGCUUGUCCUUUCAGCAUUACCUGGAUGUGGUGGGCAGUGAAAGGCCGUACAAGUGUCAGUACUGCAGUAAGGCCUACAAGAAAUCCAGCCAUCUGAAACAGCAUGUCAGGUCACACACCGGAGAAAGACCAUACAAAUGUGUGCAGUGCAGUCGUGGUUUUGCCUCAUCAGGAGUCCUUAAAGCUCACAUUCGGACCCACUCAGGCUUGAAGGCAUAUAAGUGUGUCAUGUGUGACACGACGUUCACAACCAGUGGAAGCCUGCGACGCCACAUGACUACUCACAGCGAUCUCCGACCUUACAUGUGCCCCUACUGUCAGAAGACUUUCAAGUCAUCCCCCAACUGUAGAAAGCACAUGAAGACACACAGGUAUGAACUCGCCCAGCAGCUGCAACCUCAGUCAGGUGAGGACCCCUUGGGAACAGGAGCUGUGGCCCAUGAAUUGCCUGUGGAAAUGGAGACGGACUCCCUCCCACAGGCUACUGAUGCCACAGUGGAGCAGCAAAGCCUACUGGAACUGAGCCAGGUGGAAGUUGUAAAUGGAGGCCAGCAGGUAACCCUGGAGGCCCCUUUGACAAACCAGCCAUUGGUUCAAAGUGAAGUAACAGACUCGUAUGUGACGACACAACACACUUUACCUCAGAAUAUCAGUCAGUUUGAGACUCCGGCGCUUCCUCAGCCUGCAUUUGACCAACAAGCUCUCACACAAGGCUUUACCAUGACUGAACCGAGCUACAACCAGACCCAGUUCUCCACGGUCCAGCAGCUGCAGGACUCCAGCACCCUGGAGUCCCAGGCUUUGUCCUCCAGCUAUCAUCCCCCAAACCUUCUUCAUGUUCCCGCCUCGGAGGUGACAAACGGGCUCCUUCAGCAGAGCAGUCAAAAUGACCUCCAUCUGACGGCAGAAACUCCGGACUUUCAGGAGGACAGUGAAGACAGCAUAAAGAGAACCUACAGGUGUAGCUGGUGCUCUAAAGGUUUCAAGAAGUCGAGCCAUCUGAAGCAGCACAUCCGAUCCCACACGGGGGAGAAACCGUACAGGUGUCACCUCUGUGAUCGAGGUUUUGUUUCAGCUGGAGUCCUCAAGUCCCAUCUCAAUACUCACACAGGAGUGAAACCGUUUAAAUGUGACGUUUGUGAAGCUUCCUUCACCACCAACGGAAGUCUGAGCCGCCACAUGAUAAUCCACGUCAAGUCCUUCAAGUGCUCCCUGUGUGAUGAGAGCUUCAGGACUGGACUGCUCUGUAAAAGACAUCUGAAGAAAGAGCACGGUGUUCAGGAAUACAGUAUGGAUGGUACAGAAGGGGAAGAGGAGGAGGAGGAUGCAGAGGGGGACCAGAAAGCAUCAAAGAGGAAAAGUUUGGAAAUCAUAACCUUCACCGAGGAGCAGACGGCCGAGUUGGCCAAAGAUCCUGGAGAGGAGGCGUCGGUGUCGGAGCGGAUCCUCGCCCAGUCAGCGGCCGAGAGGGAUCGGAUCAGCGAGAUCAAGGAUAAAGCUGUGGAGCUGGAAACAGAACCAAAGUUUGCCAACUGCUGUAAUUACUGUCCCAAGAGCUUCAAGAAGCCCAGCGACCUCGUCAGGCACAUUCGGAUCCACACCGGUGAAAGACCCUACAAAUGUGACGAAUGUGGAAAGAGUUUCACAGUGAAGUCGACUCUGGACUGCCAUGUGAAAACACACACAGGUCAAAAACUGUUCAGUUGUCACAUGUGCAACACCUCCUUCUCCACAAAAGGCAGCCUGAAGGUGCACAUGCGCCUCCACACCGGUUCCAAGCCCUUCAAAUGUCCCUUUUGUGACUUCCGCUUCAGAACUUCAGGUCACCGCAAAACCCACAUCCAGUGUCACUUUCGUUCAAACGGCGACGGCCGCAAAUCCAAGCGCUCCUCCUUGUCUGCUGGUCAGAUGAGAGCGAGUCAGGACUCGGGCGCGGGGCAGCCUGAGGCCUUGGGUCAUGGGCAGCAGCCGGCUGCUUCGGAGGCUCUUCAACCUGUGGGACUGUUACAAGCUUCAAACUCUGACCCCAGCAUUUACCUCCCAGCCAAUCAAGUCAUGACAGGGCAGUUUGACCAGAAUUUACUACAGCCAGGGCUCGUAGGCCAGGCCAUCCUGCCUGCCUCCAUGUCAGUACGAGCAAUAUCAACAACAUCACAUUACAGAUUGACCCCGCCAUCCUCCAGCAGACCUUACAACAGGGAGGUCUCCUCUCACAGCCCCUUAGCGUGGACACUGGCCUGGUGUCCCACUCCGGCAACCAGCUCAUGUCUUCGGCUGACCCCUCCGUUUCUGCGAAUGUCAUCCUCCACCCUCUGACCAGUCUGGCCCUGCAGCCCUCCACCAUCACGUCUUCUCAUGUGUCAAUGGCAGGGCUCUCUGAGCAGGAUGCUUCAGCCUCUCAGGACCUGAACCACGUCAUGAGCAGCGGUACGCUUGUGGCAGGAAGUACCAACAGUCAGGAGAUCACUCUGACCAUCAACAAUUCCAGCCUGACGCAAGCGCUGGCCCAGGUCCAGGCCCAGGCUUCAGCCGCCGGUUCCAGCACCGCUGCAGGAAACCCGCAGGAGAUCACCCUCACCAUAUCAGGUCAGGACCUGCUUCCACAUAAUCCCAGUUCUAUUGGUGCAGAGAUGAACGGUGGGAUCAGGAUGGCAUCAUCACUGAACAACCAACCCACUGGAGCAACCCUGACCAUCACCAACGACCAGCUUCUACCUCAGAGCUCCACCAACACUGGGAUGACAGUCACCAGUCUGCCUCCAAGCACCACUUUGACUCAUACGGCUGCAGCUAAGAGCUUAGUCAUGUCUCCAGGAGCUGUGGCCAGCGACGGCAGUGUGACUCUGACACUCUCAGAUGCUCAAGGCAUGCUGGAUGGUGUCACUCUGAACCUCACUGCACAGGGUCAGACGUUUCCAGCUGUGCUGAAUGAGUCUGGCAUCCCAGGUCAGCCAGUCCCACCAGGUCAGCAGGUCAUACUGGUCAGCCACCAGUCUCAGUCCACGAACGGAGCAUCUGAUAAUGGAUAUAAUAAUCUUGGUGAUAAAGGUGAGAAGGACCCCUAUUCAGAGAGUGAGAACCGGAACCAUUGCUUCUACUGCGAUCAGGUGUGCGAGAACGCCAAUUCACUGCGACGCCACUGCAAACAAACACACGGCAACGACCGCUGUCAUGUCUGCAGCGUCUGUAACAAGGCCUUCAAAAGAGCCACGCACCUCAAGGAACAUGAACGAGUGCACCAGCCAGGCCCUUCACCCAGCUCCCAGAAACCCAGAGUCUUCAGCUGCUCCUCCUGCUCCAAGGCUUUCGCCAAGCGCAGUCAGCUGGAGAGACACAACCGAACACACACAGGUGAGCGACCCUUCAAGUGCAGCCAGUGUGACAAGGCCUUCAACCAGAAGAGUGCUCUGCAGGUCCACAUGGUGAAACACACGGGGAAGAAGCCCUUCAAGUGUGAGGUGUGCUGCAUCAGCUUCACUCAGAAGAGCAACAUGAAACACCACAUGAAGAGAUCCCACGGCUCUGGUCAGAUCCAAGAUGUGGCCCUUGGCCAGGAGGAGCCGGCUCCUCAGGUAGAAGACACACCUGAGCUCAACCUGGAGGUGGUUUCUGAAUCCACCGGGGACUGGCACGUCUUCCCCUGA